AUGGUAUACGUAUCCUCGGCCUUCUCCCCUCUGCCAUUCUGUGCAGGCGUGUUGAGAAUCUACGGCUACGUGGCUGUGGUGGGGGCGGUGAUCUUUGUCGUUAUCCAGCUUGUCAGCAUGCUCAACUUCGUCUUUGUGUGGAAUGACACGUGGCAGGCAAACAAGAAAUGCAGGGGCGGCAGCAUCUACCAUCAUCUACCUUUUAAUCAUACCCUCAUCCCUUCCUCCCCUCUUCCCACUUUCUUCCCUGCCCCCCCUUCCAACCUCUCUCUUGCCCGAGCCUGUCUAGCUCAGGCACGUGUUGGCAGCAGUGGUAACCGGAGCAUGUCACUUGGCAGUGGCAGCAGCAGCAGCGCUCAUGUGCCUAUUCUUAAUGCCUUCCUCCCUUAUUCCCCUUUCCUGUUCCCCCCAAACCCCUCUCUUGCUCCAACGUGCCUAUCCCUCAGGCACGUGUUGGCAGCAGUGGUAACCGGAGUAUGUUACGUGGCAGUGGCGCCAGCAGCUGCACUCAUGCAUCUCUUCUUCGCGCCCUCCUCCUCCUGCUCGCUCAAUCUCUUCUUUCACUCUCCUCCCACCACUCAGGCACGUGAUGGCAGCAGUGGUAACCGGAGUGUGUUACCUGGCAGUGACAGCAGCAGCAGCGCUCAUGCAUUUCUUCUUCGUGCCCUCCUCCCCUCCCCUCUUUCUCACCUGUCUUAUCCCUCAGGCACGUGUUGGCAGCAGUGGUAA